AUGGCUGUCCCCUUUCCUGACUCUGAGUACAUCGACGAGGCUCAAACCCAGUCUCCUGGCCUGAAAACGACCGAAAACGAAGACUUGGAACAUGAGGUCUUAUCUUAUUUCCUUAAUGAGCCUCGUAUCUUCAUCGAUUCCUUGGGUCAUACUUAUAGCGACAUGAAAUCCAACCAAGAACCGUAUUCCACUUAUGCGAAGAUUGUUACAAUCCCACGCACAAAGGUUCAAGAACCGAUGACUUUCACAUCAAGACACACGAUUACUCUUACCUCGAUGGCAACUCUAACUUCAUUUACCACUGUAUUCGAAACAAAGCACCUAGGUCCCGUCGAUCCAUUGCCCAAAGUCACUUCCAAGAUCACUACCCAUAUCACAAUAACAGUUGUCAAGGACCAUUCGAUAAGUUCCGCUCGGACAAGUCUACCAACCACAGACCUCAGCCCUUUAUUUCCUCCCAGCGUUGAUGCGAACACUGAUCCAUCACUCUGGAGUACUGUUACUAUAAGUGACAGCAUACGAUCAAGCUCAGUUUUGCCUUCAUCGUUUACCACGAGCCGAGAUGGACCGAAGCUACCAACAGGUACAGAAGCCUCGUCUUCAAAGGACUCUUUAACAGCAGGUGAGGUUGCGCCUAUCGCAGUCGGUGUGCUCUUCCUACUUGCCACAAUAUGUUUAAUAAUCUGGUUUUGGUUACGAAGUCGCCGAAAGCGAAAAGGCACCAGUCGCGGCACUCAGCUCAAACCUAUAUUAGCCCCCUAUCGCUCUACCAAUGUAAACGCACUUCUAACUAACGAUGCACGUCAUAUGUCUUUCGAGCUCGAUGAAAAUGGUCGCAACAUGGGCCUCAAAUACUAUAAAUUCGAACCUUCUAGUUCGAGACAUCCUGACGGACACAAUACGGAUCUCGACCAAGAUCCUGAGUCAAAGGGCAAGGGACGUGCAGAAUAG